GAUUUGCGGUAAUCUUCUUCUGCUAUAUAUGAGCCUACAGUGUUAGUGAAAACAUCUCCGCAUUAUCAACUGAAUUAUAAGUGUUUCUCGAUCUUUCAUUAUAAGAGAUCGGAUGGGAAUAAUGGCGAUAGGACAGAUAAUCGUUUUAUCCGCGUUAGUUGCACAAACAUUGUCAGCGCCAAGUGGUUGCAUAGAAACCUGUAACUUUCUGGAAACAACCGUUCAUCAAACAUCGAGCGGUUAUCAAGAUCACGCGAGUUUAGUUCAAGGAAGAACGCAUCUAAAUAAUCACGAUUAUGCUAGACCAGGAAACUGGACCGAACAUAAUCAGUACAAUACAGACGGAGGGCAUGGCAAGGUUCAUGAAGAACGAGGACAAUACGAAGAGGGGGCGAAAAGGGUAAGGUAUUAUAAGAAGAAUUUUACUGCGACCUACGGCACGGAUAGCGUAAACGGAGUGGACACAGCGGAAUUAAGCAAAUUAAGCGACCAUAGGUAUGAUUCGAUACACGCGCCAAGUAGUCAGCAUAUCGAUUCCCAAAGUGCAUACGGCCUAGGACAGACAGUCUUGAAGGAAACCGGAUACAAUAGAUUGCACAGUCAACAGACACAAUCAAUGUCGACGAGAAUCGAUAAUAAGAGCGAGAGACUGGAAGAUUUUGGGGAAUACGACAGACAUUCGCAGGUGAAUCAACACGUUCCCAGCAUCAAUACUCAGACAAUCGAUACGCAGCAUCAUGUUGAAACUCCCGAUAAUUGGAGGAGAGUAAACUCUUAUAAAACCGACGGAGGUCAUGGACACGUCUUCGAGGAGGAAGGUCAAUACGUAACCGGGCCAAAGAAGAUGCAUUAUUAUAAGAAAAACUACACUUCUAGUUACAGCACCGGCGUUCCUCAAGGCAACAUUGGCUCGACGACACUGGACGAAUUACACAGCAAACUGCAAAGGAACUUACAAAAAGAUCUCGACAGUUUUAGAAGGGACUUUCAUGAAGUCUCUAGUAUUGGACAUACUGCCGCUACCACGCAUGUAGGUUCGACAGUAGGCUUGACUCAGGAAGCUGUCGGUUCCCAUGAUCUGCAAACUGCCGAGAGCGACAGUUACAGGCAACAUUCGGGCUAUCAGAGCGUCCCGUCCACCGGAAGUAUGCAUCAUUAUACUGAUCAGCAGCAGAGAGAAACGCUCACUGAUGUAAGGCAUCAAUUACCAUAUACGUAUCCUACCGCGGGCGCAGAUACGUAUGGCACAAAAAAAAGCUAUCAGAGUUACGAGACCCACUCGUCCCGAGUACUUCCCGUGUCUCAAUCGAGUCACUUACCUUCCAGUUACGUGCAGGUUCCCAGAGACAAUUAUCAAACGAGUUACCACAAUGCUCAUUCGAGACAUCAUCUGGACGAGACCCAACGCGCGGAAGUCUUGGGUGCGCAUCAGACCAGCGUACUUCAGAAUCAGUUGCUCACAGACUCCCAACGUGUAUAUAACCCGCAUUCAAGUCACGUCACUUAUCCCAACAGACACAGCGAAACGAGACAGUACGAGGAGCACUGGAGAUCUUCCAGUCAGACCGGGGGAAGCGUAGUUCCCGAGAGGACUAUCGUGGACCAUUCCGGGCACCACGGUGUUGCUCAUUCGGAAAGAGCACAUUAUGAUCAGAACGCGUAUAGCGAACAUCGCGGACAUCAUACCGUCCAGGGAUACGGGUCCCAUGCGAAUAGUGGGAGUAGUUAUGUUCCUGCUUAUAGAGCGAGUUCGGGACAACUCGUCACUGGAUCACUGGAUUUAGGCCACGGGUCGCACGGUGCCGACUGCACCGAGGAGACUCAUCAACAAUAUCAGCAACAUGAAACCAGAUACCAUAGAAAAUACAAGCGAGACGAUCAUCACGGCAACGUGCAGCAACACCAGACAAUCGACAAUGAUAAUUUUACGCAGCAAAACCAGGAAUUUGGUCAAGAAACGCAACAGUUGGAAGACAUGACACAUCAGAACGAACAAUUUACACAGCAGACACAAUUUGAUGAUUUCACGCAACAAACGAGUGGUAAACUUGAAUUUGGUCAGCAAACUGUUGAUAAUCACAACUUGGACAAUUUAAUGCAGCAAAGUGAACAAUUCACGCAGCAAACAGAAGGUCAGCUUGAAUUUGGUCAGCAAACCGUUGAUAGUCAGCACUCAGACAAUUUAAUGCAACAAAAUGAACAACUCACACAGCAGACGGAAGGUGAGCUUGAAUUUGGUCAGCAAACCGUUGAUAGUCAGCAUUUGGACGAUUUAACACAACAUAAUGAACAAUUCACACAGCAGACGGAGGGUCAGCUUGAAUUUGGUCAACAAACUGUCAAUCAUCCGCGCUCAGAGGAUUUAACGCAGCAGACACAAGAAAUCAAUCUCUCGCAACAAUUGAGUGAUAAAAUUAAAUUCGGUCAACAAUCUGUUGAUACUGAGCAUUUGGACGAUUUAACACAGCACAGCGAACAAUUCACGCAGCAGACAGAGGGUCAGCUUGAAUUUGGCCAACAAACUGUAAAUCAUCCGCACUCAGAGAAUUUGAUGCAGCAGACACAAGAAACCAAUCUCUCGCAACAAUUGAGUGAUAAAAUUGAAUUCGGUCAACAAUCUGUUGAUAGUGAGCAUUUGGACGAUUUAACACAACAUAAUGAACAAUUCACGCAGCAGACAGAGGGUCAGCUUGAAUUUGGCCAACAAACUGUAAAUCAUCCGCACUCAGAGAAUUUGAUGCAGCAGACACAAGAAACCAAUCUCUCGCAACAAUUGAGUGAUAAAAUUGAAUUCGGUCAACAAUCUGUUGAUAGUGAGCAUUUGGACGAUUUAACACAGCACAGUGAACAAUUCACGCAGCAGACAGAGGGUCAGCUUGAAUUUGGCCAACAAACUGUCAAUCAUCAGCGCUCAGAGGAUUUGACGCAGCAGACACAAGAAACCAAUCUCUCGCAACAAUUGAGUGAUAAAAUUGAAUUCGGUCACCAACCUGUUGAUAGUGAGCAUUUGGACGAUUUAACACAGCACAGCGAACAAUUCACGCAGCAGACAGAGGGUCAGCUUGAAUUUGGCCAACAAACUGUAAAUCAUCCGCACUCAGAGAAUUUGAUGCAGCAGACACAAGAAACCAAUCUCUCGCAACAAUUGAAUGAUAAAAUUGAAUUCGGUCAACAAUCUGUUGAUAGUGAGCAUUUGGACGAUUUAACACAGCACAGUGAACAAUUCACGCAGCAGACAGAGGGUCAGCUUGAAUUUGGCCAACAAACUGUCAAUCAUCAGCGCUCAGAGGAUUUGACGCAGCAGACACAAGAAAUCGAUUUCUCACAACAACCGAGUGGUAAACUUAAAAAUGGCCAGCAAAAUAUUGAUAAUCAACAUUUUGAAGAUUUAAUGCAACAAAGUGAACAGUUUGUGCAUCAAACACAAGGAUCUGAUGAUUUUUCACAACAGACGAAUGGUAAAAUUGAAUUUGGGCAGCAAACUGAUGACACUCAACUACUAAAGCAAUUUAUACAACGUACUGCAAGGUCGGAUGAUCCAACGCAACAAACUCAACUAGGUAAUAAACAUUUAGAUAAUUUAGCACAACAGAGCGAACAGAUUUCACAGCAGACAGAGGGUCAACUUGAAUUUGGACAACAAAUUAUUGGUAAUCAGCAUUUAGAACACUCGACACAGAAAAAUGAACAAUUUGCACAGCAGACAGUAGGAUCGGACGAUUUUACUCAACAAUCCGUUGGUAAUCUGGAAUUCGGUCAACAAAUACAAUCGAUAAAUAAACCUACCAAGCCAAAAAGUCAACGUAUAGAGGAAUUUAAUGAACAAAGUGAAGAUUUCACUCAACAAGCAGGAGAAUUUAACGAGUUCACGCAACAAACAAUGGGACACAUAGAAUUUGGACAAUUGCAACAACCGCACAAAUCUGACAAACCAAAAGUCGACAACCAUCAUUUGGAAGAUUUUACUCAACAGAAUGAAGACUUCACUCAACAAGUUGGAGGAUUCAAUGAUUUCUCGCAACAGACGACAGGACACUUGGAGUAUGGGCAACAAAGAGAACAACAGCAAAACCCUAGCUGGCCGAGACAUAAUUCUCAACGCUUAGAGCAUUAUUCUCAACGAAAUGAAUGGGAUACAAACAAUUUUUCGCAACAAUCGGAUCAAUAUCCGUCCUACAACAAUUUUAAUCAAGAUUUUACUCAACAAGUUAAUCAAGAUCGAUCAGCAAUUGGUGUAAAAUCAGCACCAAAACGAAAACCAAGACCUAGAUAUCAAAAACAGGAUGUCAUUCCAUCACACGCAGAUAGAACCGAUACAACUGUUGAUGACACUUUUAAACCAGUUGAAGUAAACCCAGAAGCUGAUAUAGACAACGUUCGCGACAGAAUCAUCGAAUCUGGCAGUCGCGCAACAUAUCCUGGAUCCAAUCAACAUACAUCAAAAGUUAUUUUCACUCAAGGAAGCAAUGCAUUUGACAAUCAAAGGCAAAAUAUAGACAGUUUACAUGGAAUACACAACUCAAAUGAUGCUACAGUAGGCUUGCAAUGGCAUUAUACUUAUCAUCCAAGUGACUUAACUAAUAUUGAAGGCUCACAUGAUGAUUACUAUCCUCGUCAUAACGUUGGUUCCAUAUCGCAACAAACAGAAAAUCUACAACAACAAUCCAAACCAUUUGACUUUAAUUUUAACCAACGAGAAACACGAGACAAGGAUACGUUAGAAGAUAAACAUCAAACUUCUCAAUCAUUGAGACAUGACAAAUACGAUCAAUGGUUGGGAUCGUUCCAACAAACUGAAACGUCCCGCUUUGACAAUCCGUUCAAUAAAGAAUCUGGCCAAACCGCAAAAGUAAUUCCAUUGCAACGCAAUGAAAAUUUACAGUUGACUUCAGAACAAGAGAGACAAUCUACGCCGACUGCGGGGGAAACCAGAAAUGAAAUGGAGCCGCGCAUUUUGCAAGCAUAUGGCGGAGGACCGUACGAUGCGUCACACAAUGAUGAAUUCUAUAAUAGAAUUAGGCCGAAUCCCAGUGCCACUCUGCCACCCUUGGAUGGAGAUGAUCCAUGGGACAUCAGAGAAAAACCAAAGAACGUACAUCCAGCAUGGUCCACAGUGCGCAAUACAGCAGAAAUUGCAACUACAACAGAAGCGGUGGAAAUUACAACGCAAACAAUACAGACGACAACUCAGCCAUCUUUCUGGAGAAGAGUUGGCCAUAAAAUAACCAGCACAUACGACAAGGCUAAAGAAAAAGCCAAGGAAAUCUUUGGCUAGAUAUCAUAUUUUACUUUAACAAUUAUUUACUUAUUUAUACACAAAUAAAUUCUUUUGUAUUUUGAAUUAAAGCACAUUAAAUUGUUACAUUUAUUUAUAUGAAUAAUGUAUGUGUAUUUUUGCAGUUAUCAAUUAAAUCAAGGCGAAUCAAGAAUGAAACACAUACAUAUAUAUAUAUAUUUUUUUGAGUUCAUAUCUAUAAUAUUCUAAAUUAGUAUUAUAAAACAUUAUUGUAAAACUACUAUAAAAAACAAUUUUCAUAUUUCAUACAAAUAAAAAUAUCUUCUUUUUUAAGUCAUGUCUUUUUUAAGUCUAUUUUUAUGCAGAUAAAUAUGAAAAAAAGUUUCACUAUGUCUACAUUUUUAUAUGUGUUUAUUCACGUCUAUUACUGUAUAAAACAUUAUCCUUUUAGCAAUAAUUAAAAAAUACAAAUAAAAGUAGAAUCUAAUACAGAAGCUAAAUCUAAUCGUAUGUAAUUUUCUUCUUAAUUUUUAUUCUUAAUAAAAGAUAUUGACACUAGAA